AAUGAAGUGUGGAAUGGUGUUAAUAACUCUGUUACGGGUGUUGCAUUCGUGAGUGCUGAUUGUCAAUACCAUUGUUUGUUAUGUUUUUAAUUAAAAUGUCAAAGUUAAGCAGAAUUAAUAUAAAGAAAUGUUGUGAUUGUUCUGUGUGUGUUGUGUCUCUCUAUAGUCUUUUUAUGCAAAGCGCAAAAGUGUUGUUUACAUUUUUCACCAAAUGCAAAAAUGUUUGUAAACACGUGUUUGUAAAUAUCUGUAGCUUUUUAGUCAACAGAACAAACACCAGGUUUACAGCUGAUCACUUUGUGCAUAAUACUCUCAAAUGAUGCAGAAUAUAGGGUUCAUGCUGCUAAUUUGAUUUUUCUGAUCAAUUCGAUUUUUACAGAUUUAAUUGAUCAGUCUGUGAUAGUGUUUGUCUCACGAGCUCUCUCUGUGCAUCAGCUGACCUGUGUUUUCUGGCAUGCUCUGGUGUUUGUAAUGUAGUGUUUGUGAGAUCUGUAGGUUGUGAAUGGCAGCAUCUUCGUCCUCGUCCUCGGCUGGAGGAGUCAGCGGCAGCUCGGUGACCGGAUCCGGCUUCAGUGCUUCCGAGCUCAUCCCGCCGAGGAAAGUGCUCUACACUUACCCCAAAGGAGCCGGAGAGAUGAUGGAGGAUGGAUCUGAUCGAUUUUUGUGCGAGUCUGUCUUCAGCUAUCAAGUUGCAUCCACACUGAAGCAGGUUAAACAUGGUGAGUUCAAAAAAACUCACACUCGCUUCGGUUUACGUAAAGGGAUAGUUCAGCGAAAAAUGAACAUUAAUGUGCUGAAAAUGUGCUCGACUGAGGUGGUUUUCCAUUCACUAAGCGUCUCUAAGUCACAUUUGGCAGAGGUCAGAUCUUCAGCAGUUGUCCUCAAGCCAAGUUUUGCUGAGGUGUGA